AUGUAUUCGCAUUCUCAACAGGUGGAUAAUAUCGUUGACUUGUUCGUACCUAUACAGGGUGUUCCAAAAUCUUUUAACGCUACGACGAAGCAACUUUUUGUUGAUGCAGGUACCAUGAUUGCCUCGCGAGGACGCAUUGAAAAUCAGACGACGCAUCAGCUAUUUAUUAAAAGCUCGAAAAUACCGGAAAUUAAAUUAAGAGCAAUUAGAAUUCAGUCGAAACCUGCAAACAAAAAUAUGAACGUUUUAAUGGAAUUGCACCGAGCGUCCAAUUAUUUAUGCACGGGAAGAGUAAUAAUAUUCAAAGACAAGAAUAAAUUAAAUGCAACGCGUCACUGUAAUCGUAAUAGCAACGAUAUUAAUGGAAAGCUCGAUAAAAUGUACGACACCGACCAAACGAAUGACAAGGGGGUGUCGGUCCGCAGGGACCGACGCUCGGCCGAACGAAUGGUGGGGUGUCGGUCCCCAGGGACUGACAUCGCUCUCGAGCGUGUUAAUGACUGAUAGACGCGAAUAUCGCGUAUCGCCUUCGGGAUAUAGACUCACACUGUGGCGAUGACAGACCCACAGUUAGCAAACAACAACAACAACAGUAGCAGCAACAACAACAGCAACAGCAACAACAAUAAUAACAACAACAACAACAACAACAACAACAACAACGAUGGCGAGCCGAAGUACCUGCACAAGAAGUUCAAGAAGAUGGCGACGACCGAGGUUACGCCGCAAGUGGAGCCCAACAAGGAUGACACCACCACCGUGGUCAGCAACGGUUCACCAGACGCAGCAGCAAAGAGGAAGGAGUCCACGAAGGAGCCGAGCGAGUCGUCGAAAGAUCUGGUCAAGGUGGAGAUGCCCGCGGAACCGGCGGACAGCGAACCGACCGAGUCGAGGAAGAGCGGCUACGUGUGCCCUUAUUGCAGGCUGUCGUGCGCGAAGCCAAGCGUCCUGCAAAAGCAUAUCCGGGCGCACACGAACGAGAGGCCGUACCCGUGCGUGCCCUGCGGAUUCGCGUUCAAGACCAAGUCCAAUCUGUACAAGCACUGCAGAUCGCGCGCUCACGCUCUGAAGAUGGAGGGUGGUGAUGCCAGCAAGGUAUCGGAGGACUCCAACAUAAGCCUGUCAGACAGCGCGAGCAAUGGUACCGGCACACCUCCGCCACCCCCGUCGUCGACACCCACGACCACCGUAGUCAACGUGAAAACCAUCAAAACCGGGAAAAUCUACAAGCCAAAAUUUCACACGGCCCUGCAGUGUGUGAACAACGACAUCGAAACGUCUUCCCUUUCCUCCAGCUCUUCCACCAACAGCUCUUCCUCGGCCACCACCACCACCACGCCAAAGCCAAAUCCUGAGCAAGUUCAAGAACACAUAGAUAAGAUCAUCACCGACAACCAAGCGAUCGUCAAGGCCGUGGAUCCACGUCUGCACAAGCUGAUCCAGAGGCAGCAGAGCCUCGUGGAAAUGAAGCAGCCGGCGGAUCAACCUUUGAAUCUCUCUUCCGCGGAGGAGUCGUUGAGGAAACGGUGUUACAGCGAGAGUUUCGCGAAGGAGGGCAAAGAUUACACGGAUGGCCCGGAAGGUUCCAUCAUCAAGGAUCUGCUGUUGAAAAGUCAAAGCUCAAGUCAGGAAGGGACGACCGAGAGCGAAAGUUACUUCUGUCCCUCGUGCAGCAUCCCUUACUCGAGCAUCGACAACCUCGACGUUCAUCGCAGGUACUACUGCAAAGGUACGGCUAGUUCCAGCCCUAGGCGGGAGUAUCAGUUAGAGGUGGAGAAGAGAGAUUUCGAUUCGAAGGAUUUCGAUUCCAAGUCUUCCGAGUAUUACAGUACCUUGCAGCCUCUGCCAUCGCCUGGCCCUUUGUUGGGCAACACGAGGCUGGUCGACGCGUACGCACCGCCGGCGAAGAAGCAGAGAUCCGAGUCCGUGCCUACGACGUUGCGAUCGCUCGAGGAGCUGAGCAAGUAUCCACGACCGAACUCCCUGCAGAUGUUCGGUGGCGAGGUGAGGAUACUGGACAACACCGGUGAGACGAAAACCAUGAGAAUAGAACCCCGUCAGACGAACUCGCCCACCAGCGAGCAGAUCGUGAGUAGCAAGUGCGUCACGUCGGAGACAGCCUCGAUAGUGGUGAGGUCAGGUCUCCAUUCGGGUGGCACGAUGGUGCACAAGCCGCCAGGCACACCCGCCACCACGCCCAGUUCCUCCAUAUCGCUGCCCAACACGCCGAAAAUGCUGGCACCGAUCAUACCCAACAUAUCAACGCCGAACAUAGCGCCGAGCAUGUCGUGCUACAACUAUCUCGAGCCGAAUCUAAAGCCACUGACCAGUAUCACUGCCUACAAUCCGUUGACUUUGCCCCAGCCGGGGAUCACGAACAUCCUGCACGGUGGUAAAGUCAUACCAUACGUUCCUGGCAUGCCUGGGCCGCACACGCUGACGCCAGCCAUAGACAUAUCGACGAGUUUAGGGUCAGGUGAGGCAGGAUACAAGGUGAUACCAGGCCUGCCCGGGCUUCACAUAAUCCCUCAGCCACUGGAUCUCGCUAGCCCCGUGAAGAUACAGACCCCGACUGUACCUGGCAUCCCAGGGCCAAUGUCCACUGGCCACGUGUCUGCGAUUGAUCAGCCGCUGGAUCUGGCGAGCCCGGCGAAGGACUCGAAGCUUGGCUUCAAAACACCAGCGAGCAACGAGGUUCUGAAGAUGGGGCUGACGAGUCCUAAAGUUCCUAGCGUUAAGAGUAACGAGACAAGUUCCACGGACAAGUAUCGAAGAGCAUCGACAGGGGAGAUGACCAAAGCGGAACUGGAUCGUCAUAUCAAGAACAGCGUGGCAGUUAAGUACAAGAGUAUGGAGAGCCCGAAGGAGAGGAGGGACUUCUUGUACGACAGAAGUCCCAAGGUGGAGAGAAGUUUCGGUUACUCGAACGGAGUCGACUCGAAUUCUUACAGCAAGCUGAGAUACUCGCCGAAGGAGUCUUCUUCCGAGAGCCGAAAGAGGCUGUCCACGUGGAGUGUGAACGAGUUGGAAGGCGGUAGAACCUCGGUGGUUCCCCUGGGCCACAACUCCGUGCCAAAGUACGAUUCGCCGCCGCCGCCGCCGUUGGAAAACGGACGUCUGAAGGGGCUGACGAGCCUCGGUGAAACCAGGAAACCGACCGAGUAUUACGGCACGUUGAACGGCGCGAAGACGAAAACAGACUCCGUGGCAUCGGUGGUGAUCGUCAACGUGGACAGCACGUCGAAAACAGAAGUGCCAAACAAACCUUCCGUAGAGUUAACGAAGACGGACAAGUCAGGUGAAACGAAAUCACCCACCAAGGGUGGGGAGAACGCGAACGUGGAGGAGGAGACCAGCUCGAACAAAUUCCUGAGGCCAACCUCGUUGCCGUUGAAACCGGGCACGUUCACGCCGAAGAAGCACCACGGUAUCACGCCAACGGCGAACACACUUCCGCUGAUCAGCCCGGAAACCCCGAGGCCGAAGAAAUCGUACGGACAGCUUUAUCUGAACGGUCACGCGUAUACAUAUCUUGGCCUGAAGUGCUCGACCAGGGUGUUUUAUUGUACUUUGAACAGGCCGCAGCCGAUGUACGUGACGCAGCAACACGGCUUGUCUAUGUACUCGAAUUGGGAGAUAUGCAAGGAAGCACCGCCUGACGUUGACAUGGCGCAUUAUGACUCGAGGCACCGGCCGCUUAAUUACACGACCGCGUGGAAGAAGCAGGAGGAUAUCCUGACGCAUUCCUCCGAGAGGCCGACCACGCCCAGCAGUUCUGACAGCGAUUUGGAGAGCGACACGCCGGAAAAGGGAAAGAGGGGCAAGGUGUUCGAUGGGGGAUUUGAAAGUGGCGAGGAUUAUACGUAUGUUAAGGGUAAAGGUCGAGCUCGAUAUGUUUGCGAGGAAUGCGGCAUCCGUUGUAAAAAGCCAUCCAUGUUAAAGAAACAUAUCAGAACACAUGCGGAAGCAAGAUCAUACACGAGUAAACAUUGCGCUUAUAGCGUCCCGGUUUUACCCCAGUCUCCCCUACCGUCCUCGAACAGCGUGGAAGUGAGGCAAAAUAACGUGGAGAUCAGGCAAAGCAACGUGGACAAUAGGCCACCAAGCAGGGAUAUGAGUUUAUUGUCGGAGUACAGGCAACACCAUGCACAAUCUCAUGAGCCGAGAGCCAAUCUCGAAGCAAUGUCGUUAACAAUACACGAGCCGACGAAGAUUCACGAGGUCUCCAGAUCACAAAGCGGAGAAGUAAGGAACGCAGACCGUGUCGACAUAAAGCACACAGAAAUGACGAAGCAAAGUAUAGCAGAAACCAUUAAGCACACGGUUGCUCGGAAGAUGGUCGUCGGUGGACCUGGCUUUCGAUCACCCUCGCCUAACGCUGCAAUCAGUAAACCACAAGCUGAGUUCUUGCAGCCCUCGAAUGGACCUGCACCUAAUUACGUCAGUGUGACUGAAGAUGGGAAGAGUGUCUGUGGUAUUUGUAACAAGGUGUUCAGCAAACCUAGUCAGUUACGGUUGCAUAUCAACAUUCAUUACUUUGAGAGACCAUUUAGAUGCGAAAGUUGCGCGGUUUCUUUCCGAACCAAGGGUCAUUUAACAAAGCACGAAAGAUCUGUUUCUCAUCACAACAAGGUUAGUAUGACUUCUACGUUCGGAGCGGCGACCACCAGCAACCCAAGGCCAUUCAAAUGUACAGACUGUAAAAUAGCGUUCAGGAUACACGGUCACCUGGCGAAGCAUCUACGUAGCAAGAUGCACAUUAUGAAGUUAGAAUGUUUAGGAAAAUUGCCAUUUGGGACAUACGCUGAAAUGGAAAGAUCUGGUGUCAAUUUAAAUGAUAUUGAUACUACCGACUGUGAUAAUAGUCUUUCUAGUCUUCAGAUGCUGGCUCAAAGACUUUGCGAAAAGGAUCCCACGAAAAUAGGUCAAUGGGAUUCUGAAACAAUUCCAAGUCAAGUGAUCAGCGGUGGUGAAACUUCGUCCGAUGAGGGUGAGCCUAUUCCGCAGCACGCGUGAAAGUGACAGACUAUGUGGAUAUGUCUGGAUCGUAUCAUGUGCCAAUUGCAAACGAAGAUCGAAAAUCCGUUGUUCGCCUUGGGAGUUCUUAGUUUAAUCGAUGGGAGCACAAGCACAACGCGAAAGAAUGCCAAAACUAAUCUACGUUUUCCAUAGUGUAUACAAGGCCAGAUGAAGUCGUACAAUCAUAAAAGUGCCAAGUUUGCACAGUGUUUACGCAUACUAUGAACAAGUUCUACGAAUGAGUUACAUUGCUUUGUUGAACAUAAUAUCAAAUCAGAGUCUAGUACAAAUACUGAAAGGAAUAGGGGCUUGAAGAACACACCGUACACACACCUACAUGAGUGUAGAGAAAAAGAGAAUACUCAGAAAAGAAUUAUGAACGAACUAGUAGUCAAGACAGGUCACAAUCGAAGACACGUAGUGCCAAAAUAAUGCAGCGAACUAACAGACAAUCUGCGGUGAAAUGUUGUUUCGAGGGAUUCGUUGCCGUAACCGAUAACUAUAGUAACAAAGUAAUCAUCGCCACUCGAAGGAAAUUUCUCAAAGGGCGUUCUUGUUAAUCAAGUAUAGUGUUUGUAAUUUAACGUUAUAGCAAACGUUCUUCCGAGAUGCCAAAAGAUGCGAGCUAAUUAAAUUAAAAACAAGUUCUACAUUGUGGUAACGUACAACAAAAGAAUCAUUGAUAAAAAAAAUUAUUGAAUAUUGCUAUUAUAAUGAAAUUUUGAUUUAUUUUCACACAUCAUAGUAUACAAAGUGGAUGAAAGUAAUAGUACAAGCAGAAAAGAAGAAAUUGUAUAUAGAGAAACGUAAGUAAAAAAUGUGCUAUGAAAUUUUUUUUAACUUUAAGAUUUUGAAAAGAAAACCGAUCUUCAGUUUGUCGGAUGCGCGAAUUGAAACUUACCCAUUGUUUCUGUCUCUUGCAGCAUCUCACGCUAAAUAAAUUAAACAUGAAUUAAAAAGGAAUUAACAAGUUUCAAUAUUUCCGCUUGAAUAGAAUUUUGUAUUCCAAUUCUAUGACAUUUCAAAAAUUAAUAUUAUAUCAUCAAUGUUAUCAUGUAUAAUAUUAUAUCAUCAAUAUUAUCUCGUACAAAACAAUCGAUAAUGAAAUAAGAAGAAAAUUAAGCUGUCAUUUGCGUAUUCAAGCAAUCUUCAAAAAUAAUUGAAAAAAUUUCACACAUUCUUUACUUAUAUAUAUGUAUUUACACAAAAUUUCUUCUUUCCUAAUUAUGCUACUUAUGUAGCCCCACCUUGUAUAAUAGAUGCAUAAAUGUACUGAAUUUUUAAAAAAUUAUUGCACGUUAAAAAAUUAAUUAACUCCGACAAUUAAAAAUAAAAAUUUAACUUUAAAAACUAUUUAAAGCAUUAAAUACAUGAUAAUAUAAUUUUAAUAUUUUUAAUAUUCUAAUAAAUGAAAUUACUUUACAGACAAUUACAUAAUCAAAGAAAUAAUAUUUUGUUCCAAAAAUUGUUACUAAAUCUAAUUGAAUAUUAUAUUUUCUCAUUUGAGUUUACUUUUCGCGUUAUUU